AGUGUUUUACCACUAGGGUAUUUUUGCUCUACUUUUUAGUUCUGGUUUAUCAUCUGAAUGUGCCACAAUCUCACGCUUACAGUACCUGUCAGGAUGAUUCUCACCAACAGAAUAGUGUUAGCUGUCGUGAGCUGGAUGAUGUGUGUGAAACUAACAGCAUGUACACUUGAAGUUCCUAAACUCAGUUUUGAGAGCAGGGUGAAUAUUCAGCUGUACACUGAAGUAGUUUUCAAAUGUGUCAUACCUAGUGUUCCAUUUCCCAUAUCUAUUUUUAUCGGCAAGCUUGAAAGCUCAUCACAGACUCCUGAAACUACGGUACCAUUGGUGACCUCUAAAGUUAUUAGAUAUUGGACUUACGUUCUUUUCUUCGUCAACGCCCAGCCUACCACAGAGGGAGAUGUAGUGUGCUGGUACAAAUCCACUUCCAAUGGACAAACAUCUGGAUUCAGUAAUCCUGUUAAAUUAGUCAUAUCAUCCCUUCCUCCUCCCAAACUGACUCUGCGUCCCAAACUAUUUAGGUUUGGUGGGAAUUAUACUGUGUACUGUGAUUCAACUACUGAUAAGGCAACUAACUUCUCAAUGAGUUUGUAUUACCGCACCCUUCCUGUGACCCCUAAAACCACAUUUAUUCACCUGCGCUCACUCAAUCUAACAGAAACCACCAAUAAGAUCAUUUUAACACAGAAAAAUGUGAACUUCCAAGUAGAAUAUGUCUGCACAAUGGAGAUGCUGUACAAUGGAAAAGUCUUACGUUCACCGCUGUCUAAUUAUGAAGCAGCUAUCCCAGAGGAACUUCCAAUCCAACUUCAAAGUAAUGGCCGUGCAGGUGGUUGUCUGGGAAGUUUAAAUAUCAAGCUCAGAGACAAAUGGAAAGCUGUUUGUCAGGAAGAGAUUACCACAAUAUCUUCAUCAUCAGCAGCAGCAGCUACAGCUGUAGUGGCAUGCAGGGAGUUGGGAUGUGGACAUGUGGUUGGCUGGACGAGGGAAGUGGAUGUAUAUAUGAGAGGUCCAUCAGUUGGUGGGGUUAGAUGCAAUGGGAGCGAAAAUAAGAUUAGAGAUUGUCCAAUGGAUGAUAUUCAGUUCUGCAGUCAUAUAAAUACUCUACGCGUUGCAUGCUCAGAUGCACUGCCUCCUCCUAAGCUAUCAGUGGUUACACAUGGCCCUGUCUCCAAACUGUAUGUCACUGACAAGCAGUCUGUGGAAAUCUCCUGUUCCUUCAACUCACCAUUCUUGAAAUCAUAUUGGACUGUGCAAAUGGUCUUUAGGCACAAUGGGGUUGCUUUGAGAGACGUGUACACGAGACCAAACAGCAACAGUCAGUGGACGAUAGAUGCCCCAGUGCCUGAAGGAGAAUACGACUGUGUGUUUGAAAUUGAUAGGACGUUCCUGUCCCAGCCCAGCAAUCCGGUCUCCAUUUACAUAUAUAAUCCUCCUGAUCUAGGACCAAUUGUGGCAGGUGUUCUUACAAGUGCAAUUGGGGCAGCAAUUCUGAUAUAUCUUUGUGUAUGUAAAGCAUCAAAAGAAAUCGAAAGCAAUGAUAUUGCACCUGUAACCCGGAGGCAACCAGCAAAUUGAACUACUAACCUCACCAAAUGUAAUCCAGUGAAAUUUAAUUUAUGGUUUACAGGCUUAGUAAGUGAAGCAUUAUCUUGACAACCAUGAAAUACUAUGUUGGAUGAAUGGUGAUGUGAAGGUUGAAUGUUUUUUUUCUUCAAGGCAAAUUAUUUUCUUAAAAGCUUUUUUUCAUUAAUAAUGUGUUAUGUAAAUAAUAAUGUGUUAUGUAAAGUAGGUCUACUUUGCAAUAAUUUUUGGAAAUUACCAGUAUCAUCCAAUAACAUUGUCAUCCAGAUAACACAAUAUAUCACUUUGUAUUGAUGUACC